AUGGAUGAGGAGGGUUUACCAAGAAGGAUGUUUGAGACAGGAUGUGAGCCAACCGGUCGGAAAAGGGUAAACAACUACUUCACUCUUCGGUGGGUGGAAACCAUAAAACCAGCUUUGGAUGCGGAGUAUAGGGAAAUGCUUGAUAACUCACAGUUUCGGCGGUUGAUGUCGAUGGUCACUGGCCUCAAUUGUGAACCGCUUCCGGUAACUGAGAGUUCUAAGAAACGUAAACGGGACCAACCCAGUUCUUCUAAGCGAAGCUCUAAGGCAAAGGCAGGUAAAGGGCGAGGUCGAAUGUGGACAGAACUUUUCGGGGAGUUUAAAAAACCAACACCUGCGUGGUUAUUGGAGAAGCUGUUGAUGGGGAGGAAGUACAAAGAUCCGUUGACCAGGUUUCGACUAGCACUUCUUCUACUAGUAGAGGGUGUGUUGUGUCCCAAAAGUGGGACCAUGUACUUAGAUCCUGAGGUGGUGGAGAUGGUGCGUGAUGUGGAUGCGUUCAUUAAGUAUUCGUGGGGACAAAAAGUCAUUUCGACUAACUGUGGAGAGUGCGAAGGCAAGAACUACGGCGCAGUUUGUGCAGGAUAG